AUGAACUUCUUGAUUUGUGAAAUCAUACGCGGGCAUUUGAAUCUGUUUCCCAAGGCGGACCUAACAAAAAUCUUACAAGCCAGUCUUAAUUGGAGCUGUAUGGAGCAGUAUUUUUUCUGGCAACUUAUCAACGCCCACGAGAUCCCAACAAAAGCGUUUAUUCCACUUAUUCCUCUGGUAGAUCCUCUUCGUCAUCCUGAAGCGUGCGCCAACCUACUGCUCCUUUUGAAGCUGGAGAAACCGACUCCUGAAUUGAUGCGAGCUCUUCUGGCUCGUCCCAUUUCUUGCCCAUCCUCCGUUGGAUGUAGAGACAAUAACACUGGUGCGGAGGACAAGUUAUCUGUUACGGCUCUACAUUUUUGGGGCUGUCCGGACAACCAACACUCGGGACGGUUUGCCGCUAUCCUUAGCGCGAUGAUCCAGACCUCCUUACAGGCUGGCUCUGUAGUCAGCGGAUCAGCUGUUUUAGGUGGGCUUUCAGGGACAAAUGUUAAUCCUAGCAACAAGGAAAAGCGCCGAUCCGCCUCCAAGUUAGUUAUUGUAUUUCUUUUUCGAUGCUAUUUUUUGAGUGCCUUUUGCAAUUAA